AUGGACGGCUCCAACACGAACAGCUCCAACGUCGUGGACAACUUCGACUGGAACCCCGACUUCACUGAUUCCUCUAGCAUGGAUUAUACCGUGGACUAUAGCGUUAUGUCGGACGAAGACAAGGCUUUCUUGUGGGAGUUGGGAGAGACGUUGGCCGCAAGGGCCGGCCCGGUGGUCGUCCCCGGCGACAUUAGCACCUUCAUGGGCCUUCCGGCUACGAACGCGGCGACGCCGUAUCAGCCCCAGUCCGCGGCGCUCCCGCCGGCCAUCCCGACCACCGUUGCGCCCGAGCUGCCCUCGACCGUCCCCUCCCACGUAAACUACCCCGACAACCUCCCAACCAACGGUCCCAUGAUGCCGGAGCCCUUCGGCGUCCACGGUGUGCCGAUGAACGGCGGCGGCUUCGACGCCUCGUUCCAGCACGGUGGCUACAACGGACCGUACAACCACAGCGGCUACAACGGACCGUACGACAAUGGCAGCUACGACCCUGUGUACGGCAACAACGGCCACAACGUCCCUGUCGACAACGGCGGCUGCAAUGUUCCGUUGAACGGCAACGGCCACGGCGUCCCUUUUGAGAAUGGCGGCCACGGCGUCCCGAUCAACAACAAUGGCUACAACGGACCGUCCGACAAUGGCGUCUACGGGCCUGUGUUCACCAACGGCGGCUCUAUCGUUCCGUUGAACGACAACAGCCACGGUGUCCCGAUCGACAACAGCGGCCAUGACGUCCCUGUCUACAACAAUGGCUUCGGUGCCCCGUUCAACAACAGCGACCACGGCGUUGCUGUCCACAACGAUGGCUACGGCCCUGUGUUCGCCAACGGCGGACUUGACGUCCCUGCUACGAACGCGGCGACGCCGUAUCAGCCCCAGUCCGCGGCGCUCCCGCCGGCCAUCCCGACCACCGUUGCGCCCGAGCUGCCCUCGACCGUCCCCUCCCACGUAAACUACCCCGACAACCUCCCAACCAACGGUCCCAUGAUGCCGGAGCCCUUCGGCGUCCACGGUGUGCCGAUGAACGGCGGUGGCUUCGACGCCUCGUUCCAGCAUGGCGACUACAACGGACCGUACAACAACAGCGGCUACAACGGACCGUCCGACCAGGGCGCCUACAACCCUGUGUACGGCAACAACGGCCACAACGUCCCUGUCAACAACAACGGCCAUGACGUCCCUGUCAACGGCGGCGUCCACGGUGUGCCGAUGAACGGCGGCGGCUUCGGCGCCUCGUCCCAGCACGGCGGCUACAACGGACCGCACAACAACAGCGGCUACAACGGACCGUCCGACAAUGGCGGCUACGGUCCUGUGUUCGCCAACGGCGGCUUCAUCGUUCCGUUCAACGACAACGGCCACGGUGUCCCUUUUGGGAAUAGUGGCCACGGCGUCCCGAUCGACAACAGAGGCCAUGACGUCCCUGUCGACAACAAUGGCUUCGGCGCCCCGUUCAACAACAGCGACCACGGCGUUGCUGUCCACAACGAUGGCUACGGCCCUGUGUUCGCCAACGGCGGACUUGACGUCCCUGUCGGCAACAAUGGCUACGUCGCCCCGUUCGGCAAUGGUGGUUGCAGCGUCGCUGUCAACAACGGCUACGACGGCCCGUGCGACAACGGUGGCUACUACGACCCCCCGUGCGACAACAGCGACCACGACGUCCCAUCCAACGUCACUGGCGAAGACGUCCCGGUCAACGCGGGCCCCUUCGGCGAUUUUCCUGAAUCCGACUUCCACAUUGUUGAGGAGGCGGAGCCAGCUCCCCGCCGCAACCGCAACCCCACUCGGGUGAACGUGCGCAACACGCCGUACACCGCCGAGACAACCCAGGCUGCCGCCCCCAGCGCAGACCUGGAAUCUCACCGCAAUUUAUCUACUGGCGCCGGCGGCAUGGAAGGUGCCCAAGCCAGCGACGUUCGCAAAGUAAAGCGGGCGGACUCCAGUGCAGCGCGGGCAGCGACUGGCCCCCUCGUCGGCUCUCCCGUCGACUGGAUCCCGAUGAAGAGGGAGGUGCCCGAGGGGUGGCUCGUCUGCACUUAUCGCCACUGCAGGUUCUACUCGGGCUAUGAGUUCGACGGCUGCCCCGCGUGGAAGGAGAAGUCGGGCCAGCGCUUUGACAGCCACACCGACACGCACCGUCCCAAGGGCCAGAAGCUCUUCGGUGCCAAGUGCGGCGAUUGCUUCCUUCCUCUCUGCAGGAAGGACGUCCUCACACGCCACCGCAAGACUUGCGCGAAGUGGAAGGCCCGUAACCCGGGCGUCGUGCCGGGAAAGGGAACAGGAAAGGCGAAGGCGAAGGGAACGGCGAAGAAGCGCGGGUCUGGAAGCGCAAAGGCGGGACCGUCGCGCUUGGCCGCUUAG